AUGCAUUGCUUCCAAGACUGCUGCCUCUUCUGUGACCGGGACUCGCCCGAUGGAGCCUACUGCUCUCAGCAAUGCAAACUCGCUGAUCACGAACGCUCAAACGCCUCCAACCCAAGCACACCCUCAAACACAUCAUCAGGGCAGUGGACUUCAUACCACGCCGACAGCAAACGCCAAUCACAACACUUUGGCUCAGUAUCAUCAACAUCAUCGGCAUCAUCAUACUACCCAUAUCAGAGCGCCGCUGAGCGUCAUUAUCUCAGUGCAUCAUCAUCACAAAGCUCGUUGUCCUCAACAAUGAGCUCAUCACCUGGUGGCACUUCAGGCAUGUCCGCUCAGGCGAGACAGGACUUGCAAGGCUUCUUCAGCUCGUUCGACCAAGCCCGAGCUGCCAAAAGACGAUCCACGACCCGGUGA